AGCAGUUGGUUUGGUGUGUUUGUUGAGCUUCAAAUAAUUUAAGUAAAAAGAGAUUCAACUCUGCAGGUAUAUGGGAACAAUUACAGGUAUUAGCGAUCAUGAUCCUAUCAGAUGGAAGAACUCACAACGGCGUAAUUUGCAGGUUGGUUGGGAUGAGUCGGCCGCUUCUCUCUGGGAGAUUGAGCCUGUGACAGCUCCAUUUUUCAUAUGCCAACCUCCAUUCUUCAGAUCAAAACGUCCAAAGCGGCCAGGAAUGCCAGCAAAACCGAUCCCUUGCAAACUCAAUGCAGCCCAGAUACAUGCGUUAUGCGUACCUUAUCUGGGUCUAUUCUGUAAAACCUUCCUCGAGCAGAUCUUUCACACCAAUUACGCUUUGUAGCACCAGAAAUUCUCAGCUGAACUACUUACAGUUCAAUGCCCAGAUGUUGCCAGUGCCACAGCAAUCACUGCUAUUCGACCAGCUUCCAAACUUGCCAUCUUCUGUCAACCCAUUAACCUCCAUAAUACAACCACAGCAGCAGUUGGGACUCGGGGUGAUCGCGUGAUAUCGUUCAAUCAAGGCUAAGUUUGACGACUCAAAAUGUGCCUUCCAAUCAAGCUCCAGCACAAAAUUUGCAGCCUCAGAAUGCAGUCCCAACUAAUUAUAUUCUCCCUCACCAGCAAUCAAUUCAGUAGCAACAGUUGCCAUGGCAAGUAAAUUAGCUACAAAUGUCUGACGGUCGGAUUUCACUUCAACGGUUGCAGAAGCUUCAGCAACAACAGCAGUCACUUUUAGUGCAGCAGUCCAUGCACCAACAGUCCACUCAAAUUUUCAAAAGAAAUUUUGUUACAAUAUCAUCAUCAAAAAUUUCAAAAUGAAACUAUUUGAGGACUCGGGUUUAUUUUGUCUUAUUUUGAAACAUUGGGUGACAACUUUACAACAAAAUUUCUUUGGAUGGUUAGUCCGUAACAA